CCAAAUAUUCAAAGAUUUCAGUCCAAAUAUUCAAACUUGUUAUUCAGCAUUCAAAGAUGUACUUUAUAAUUUUUUAAGAACCAUUCCUGCAUUAACCGCUUUAACAUUUUUUUAUUUCUCCUUCAGGAUUUCAAAUAAGUUUGUGUUCAGUUCACUUAACUGAAUAGACAGCUUUACAACACCAUCAAGUAGAUUUUCUUUAAUAGUCAAAGAAUAGGUCUGUUUAUAAACUCUUUCCUAGGUUUGGUGCGUAAUAGUCCUUGUGGUUUAUCUCUCUUAAUAUGGUGAUAGAGCAUGGAGAAGGAGGUAGGUGGUGAUACUAAAGACUAACAAAAGUACAGUUUAAGUACACUGUACCAUUAGAUUACUGAAAUCUGAGUACAUUUUUUUGAGUCGAGUAAUUCUAACAGUUACCUGGCCUGCGUGCCAUUACUUAUCCAACCUGUGAACUACCGUGAUCUGCCUAGAAAUUUAGUUUGGUGUAAAUUACUCCUUACUCCUUGUUGAUGAAGAAAAUAGUCAUAUAAGUGGAGCCAUUUGCAUUUAUGUGUGCUCUUUUUGUAUUGGUAUCACUCCUUCUUCCCUAUUUUGGAAGCUCUCAGAUGGAUCUUGUAAUUUAUAAAUGUCACAUAUAUUUUUGUAUUAGAUUGUGCCUAUGAAGAGAGAAGUCUCUAAUGUAUGUCUUAUGUACUCUGGACACAUAAUUUGACACACGUGGAGGCAUGGUUUAAUAAUGAUGUAUAUGCACCUUUGUGGUUAAUAUAUUCAAAAUUUUACUUUUAUUGGAUUAGGUAUCUUUAUGAUUUUAGCACAUGAUAGUGAAAUAUUUGAGUAAAGAAUUAUUUUCUGAUGUCACAGAAAAUUAGAAUAGUUAUUGGAUAUUGUAUAAGUCAACUAUUUACAGAAUUUGCACUUUAUAUUUCUGCCAACUAAAAUGAAAGGACAACGCGUACCUGAUUUUUACUUGAUUGCUUCAUUAAGCAAAUUGUGGUGGCAAGUAUUUAAAUAUGACUCUGUACCUGUGAAGAUAUACAUUCACACAGUCAUGAUGUACUGUUUGGCAUUUAUAUAUUUUUAGAUCCUGUUGGUGUUAUAUUUUGUAUUUAAAAAAAAACAAAAAACAAAAAAAACCCGUAUCAUCACAAGAAGCUCAUAGUAGAGGAAGGAGACUUGGAAGAUAGGAAGAGGAAAUACAGAAAGAAAAGGACAAGGGGAGCAAGAAAAUGGAAAGUUGGUCCAUUAAAGAUGUGCCCUUCAGUAAAGUGUGCAAAAAUCCUCAAGUGCUCAGUGUAAUUGGCUUCCUUGUGAAAACUAGCAACGGGGCUGAGCUCUAGCUCCCAAUUGACUUGGGUAUAAAAUAGAAGCAACACACUUGUAAGCAAGGUGAGCUCUAGUUUAUACUUUCUCUUCCCAAAGGCCGGUGACUCUCAAAUUUUAGUUUUACAAAUUAGUCCUCUCUGAGAUUCUGAUUUCUGUAAAUUCUAGGGAGGGCUUAGUAUUUUUAACAAGCUCCUAGGGUGAUUUGAUGCAAAUAGUCUAAAUUAGACAAACAUUGACCUACAUUUUCACCUUUUGGUAAAUAGUAAAUCUGAGAGAAGGAUCUAACACAAUUGUGUAGCCAGAUUAUGCUCAGUCACAGUAUGUCAUGGGGCAGUCGAGGAAAUGCUGCUCACCCCUUGGCUUUCUAAACUAGGAGGUUCCUGAGCUGAGUUUUGUUUUGUUUAAUUAAUUUAUUCUAAGCUGAGUUUUAAAAAAGAAUGCAAUCAGGUGAAAAUGAUGGCUAGAAGGAUGUCUCAGGCCUUGUACCCCCAUGAACAAAGGCGCAGAGGUGACAAACAACAUGGGUAUUCAGAACCAAUCUCUAGAGAGUCAAGUGGAAAGGAAAUGGUAAGGUGAGAUGGGGGUUAUUUGAGGUCACAUAAGAACCUUGGGCUUCUAUAGAAUAGGACUUUGAGGUGGGGGCAAGGGACAGGGAGCAAUGGAUAAGAGCGGAUUCAUAUUUUAGUUAGAUCUCCAGUGAUUAAAAGGGAGGUGAAUACAAGGAUAAGAAAAUUGUAAAGCCACAUCAAAUCAUUAGUUCUAGAAAUCAAAGUAGCAAAUAGUGGUUUAAAAAUUUUUGGUUAAAUGUUUUCACUAACAAUUUGCAUUUCAGAGAGACUUGGACAAAACCGGCAUUGGGGAAAUGCGGAAAGUAAAGCCUUGCCGCCUGAGUUACAGGUAUUCUGCAUAGUACUUAACACCUAGUAGGUGUUCAAGAUGACCCACCUAGUUAGGCUACACAAGCAUAAUUGUCUCUAAUUCCAAAUGACAUCAUAAAUUGGGUCUCUAAUGUUUGCACUUGGGUUUUUUUAGUUUCAUUAUACUUUUGAUACUUAAACAUUAUAAACCAAAGCAUAAGAAAUUAUGACAGCCUCAUUCACUUCACUUUUAUUUACACGACCAAAGUGGUGCCAGGGACAGUGAUGGACCAAAAAAAAAAAAAAAGGCGCUCUGCAGGCCUAUCAUAUCAAAAUCUAAAAGAGCAUUUCUCCUUUUAAAAUAUGCUUGUGACAAGAAAGAACUUGUCUGCCCCAUAAUGAGCACUUGGUAAUAACUAUUAAAUGGAUGAAUUAAUAUCUCCAGAAAAUGCUGUGUGCAGCAUAGAUAUAGACUUGGAGCUUCAACAUUGCUUUUAUUGCAAAGUGUUCUAGAAGCCUUAAUUUUUCUCUGAAUUAAAAAAAGGUUUUUGUCAGAUGUGUGCCCUUACAUUUAAUGGUAGAUUUCCAGUGGUUCUUGUUGAUUUUUGAACAUUUGAAAAUCUGUUAUAAUGAAGGCUGCUUAGAAUCUGAUAAUCAUGAUUAUGGCAUUAUUUAAUGCCUAGCACAAAUAUACAAACCUGAAUACGUGAAAAGGCAGAAAGUGGGUAUUUUAAAUGAGCCAAUGUUCCUUUAGUUAAAAUAACUGAUGUGACACACUAAUCCUUGACUUGCAACCUGUUGCUGGCGAAGGUGUGGUUUGGGGAGGAUAGGUUAUGGCUGAGGUACUGCCAAGACUCCAAAUUUAAGAGAAGCUUCAGGAUUAAUGCCAAAUUUCCACAGGUCAUUUUCUUAAGAGGAAAAGUACUGUGUUGCGUAAAGUUGUUCUCUUUAUACUAGUGUUUGUUGUGUACACCGUGGCAGAAAUUCUUCUUUGAAAAAGUGACUCGAGAGUAACAUGGGGGGAUGGGUAGUGUGAAAGGGAGAGGAGGUGGCAGCGAGAUAGAACUGCCAUAAGUUUAUUUCUCUUCCAAAUCAUCUCUUAUUUUAGAUGGAGCGACCAAAAGCGGAGAGGCUGUCGCCUCGACCCCUGGCGGUUUGGAAACGCCAGUUUCCCUAUACCCGUUGGUGCUCAGAAAAGAUGGAAGCAAAGCCACCCUGGCCCGCGGAAUUCCGGCCUUUGUCCCUUUCGGCUCCCUAUUGGCUGGGGCUGCUGGAGCCCCGCCUCCUUCCAUUGUGGGGGCGGGGUUUUGUGACGUACUCCUUGACGGUUCCCAGGAGUAUAAAAGGCCAGCUGGGCGCGCUGACUCCUUCAGGAGCCGCCGGCAAGGAGUCAGCAAGGAAGCUCUUUAGAACGUAGCCGGAAAGAAGUUGAGAUUACAGACAUCCUACCAAAAUGAUUUCUUCAAAGCCCAGACUUGUCGUACCUUAUGGCCUCAAGACUCUGCUCGAGGGAAUUAGCAGAGCCGUUCUCAAAACCAAUCCACAAAACAUCACCCAGUUUGCAGCUGUUUAUUUUAAAGAACUUAUUGUGUUUAGAGAAGAGAAACCUUCUCUGGAUAUAAAAGAUCUGGUUAAACAAUUUCAUCAAUGCAAAGUUGAGAAGUGGUCAGAAGGAACGACACAAGAGAAGAAACCAGAAUAUGUAAAAGAAUCAGGAGAAAUAUCUACAGUUUCCCAAGAACCUACACGGAUGGAAAAAUCUACAGACACAGAGGAGGACAAUAUAGCUGGACCACAGUUUAGCAACAAAACCACUCAGUUCCCAUCAGUUCAUGCUGAGCUCCCGCAAGAGCCUGAGGUGACAAGUGAAGCAGCUAGUGGUCCUUCAAAGGCAUCUACUCCUAAGACUGCUACCCCACCCUCAUCACCAUGUCCAACAGCUGUCUCACCAGAGGUUGCCUAUGUCCCAGCUGACCCAGCUCAGUUUGCUGCUCAGAUGUUAGGUAAAGUUUCAUCUGUUCAUUAUGAUCAGUCUGACGUUUUAAUGGUGGAUGUGGCAACAAGUAUGCCUGUUUUUUCCAACGAGGUGCUGAGCUCAGAGGCUGCUGAAGAUAACAUGGUAGCUGCUUCUGUUGCGUAUUCUGAUGAGGGGGUAGCAAGGCAGGUUGUGAGCCAAACAUCUGGCCAUGUAGACUUGGGUUCUAAACCUAAAGACAAUAAGGCUGAACCACCAACGGCUUCCUUACUCCCCUUGCAGGAUGAACAAGAACCUCCUGCUCAUGAUCAAGCUCCUGAGGUCCCUUUGCAGGCUGAUACUGAGGUUACAUCAGCCAUUCGUAUAUCAUCUGUCUAUAAAGAUGACCCUGUGAUUGAAGGAGUUACUUAUGUCGAGCUAAUGCCAGGACAAAUAGUCAUCCCUUUACCCGAUCAAGCUGCUUCUCUUAAAGAAAAUGAGCUGUUACCACCAGUUAGUUCCACACCUACACUCAAGACAGACUCAGGCACAUCUGAAAAAUCUGUAGAUUCUGCAAAAUUUGCACAGUUGGAGGAUGCAAAACUUAAUUCCUCAGUAUAUGUGGAGGGAGAAGCAACAGUUGUGAUCUCUGACACCUUUUUGAAAGGUCCAUCUGCACUAUCCCUGGAUGCAGAGGGCUCUGCCAAUGUAGUAGGCUCUGAAAAAUCUCUGCACCUUGAAGUGGAGAUCGUUGCGAUAGUCCCUGAGCAGGAAAAGUCAUGGGAAAACUCUGCAUCCCAGGAGAUGGGGGUCAAACCUGUGCUUUCUGGGGAAGCUACAAAAACUGUGCACUCAGGUACAUCUGUAAGAUCAUCUAGUGGCCCCCCUCCUCCUGGUCCAGAAAGUCUUACUGAACCAGAAAUCGAACCAGAAUGGGAAGCAGCACCUGAACAAGGUUUGAUGAAGCCAGCAAUAGCAACAAGCGAAGCAGGACAACCACCACCAUAUUCUAACAUGUGGACCCUUUAUUGUCUAACUGAUAUGAAUCAACAAAGUCGCCCAUCACCGCCACCUGCACCGGGGCCUUUCCCCCAAGCAACCCUCUAUUUAUCUAAUCCUAAGGAUCCACAGUUUCUGCAGCAUCCACCGAAAGUUACUUCUCCAACUUAUGUGAUGAUGGACGACAGCAAGAAGACCAGUGCCCCACCUUUUAUUUUAGUAGGCUCCAGUGUUCAGGAAGCACAGGAUUGGAAACCUCUUCCUGGUCAUGCGCUUGUUCCCCAGUCAGACACCUUGAAGAGAUAUGCUGCAGUCCAAGUACCCAUUGCUGUUCCUGCAGACCAGAAAUUCCAGAAACAGCCCCCUAACCCCCAGAAUGCUAGUCCUCCUACAAGUGGACAGGAUGUCCCCAGGCCACAAAGCCCAGUUUUUCUUUCUGUUGCUUUCCCGGUAGAAGAUGUAGCCAAAAAAGGUUCAGGAUCUGGUGACAAACAUACUCCCUUUGGAAGUUAUGGUAUUGCUGGAGAAAUAACCGUGACUACUGCCCAUGUUCGCAAAGCAGAAACAUAAAACUGGUAGGUAAAUUUUCCUACCAUAAUAUGUAGGCCUUAAAACAUGAAUUUUUAGCAUUUUGAUUUGUUGACCUGGACACUGAGAUAUUUUUUAAAAAUAAAUUGAAUUGAGAUAUGCAGUGAGUUAGGGUAUACUCUAAUUUGAUGAGAUUAUUGCCUCCAGCUUAUCACCAAUUACUAAUAAUGCACAGCAGUGCACUGUACCGUUAUGACUCACACCAAGGAUCUGGUGCCUAAUACAUGGACCGAUCAACCCAAUCACUUUUGAACACCUGGUUCUGUGUCUAGCCCCCUGGAAAAUGCUAAAAGGGGAUGGAUUUGAAAAGUCUUAUGUGGGAAUUUACAAUCUAGUUGGCAUAUUGAAGGGGUAGGGAGGAGCAAAGAUAAAAGAGCUGGGAACAACUGGAGAGCAAGGUAAGAGAUUAUAUAUGGAAUACCCAAUAAAUGGUAGUAAGAGUUUACUCCCUCUUAGAGUGAAUAUAGUAGAAUGGAUUGGAAACACAUUAGAGCUAAAGAGACAACUGGAAUUAAUCACAGAUAUGAGUUUUAUCACUCAUUUAAAAGUUUUUCAUUCAACCAGUACUUGAUGCCAGGUACUGUGCUAGCUAGCCCCUUGUCCCCCACGUGUUUACAGGACAGUGAGCAAAACAUGAACUGUAUACCUUAGUGGAGGAGAUGGACAAAAAAUUACAAUGUGUUAAGGAUUAUGAAGAAAACAAACAUGGUACUGAUACCAGCCUGCCUUUAUUAAGCCCAGAGUAUGCAAAGAGCCCUAGAGUUCUAGGGCAGGAAAGAACAUGGGGGCUGGAGGUACUGCAAGUGGGAGGUAGGGGAGGGUACAUAAGAGGAAACUGGAGACGUGAAGAGAAGACCAUAAUUCAGGGUCUCUGCAUACCAAGGAGAAAGAUUUGGAUUGAAAGUUCAAUGAGAAACCAGAAAAAUGAUAGAUCCCUCUGGCUGCUACGUGGGAAAGGAUGGAACGUCAGGAGGAGGUCAUUAGAGGAAGUAGGGAGACUAGCUGAGAGUAUAUAAUACAAGUGUUAUACCUACACACCAAGGAAUUCGGUUACUUAGAACAACUGGUGGGAAUUGGUUCAAGUACUACAGUGACUAUAUUUAUGGUGACAAUUCUCAGUCAUCAAAAUAUCUUAAGGCGAUGGGCAUUUACUUAUUCCCUUUUUGGACUUAUAGUAGAACGGAUAAAAUGGCUGUUUUCAGCAUGAAAUGCUAGGAUACCUUACUGCAAAUGCACAAGUAACUGAUUAGAUUCAUUAUUGCUUAGUGACAGGAGGGGAGACCUUGCAUUUCUAAUCUCACUUCACAUGUUCAGUUUCAUGAUUAAAUUUAAACAAUUCGCUACAUUAUUCCUAACAGAUGCCGAAAAUGAGGCUGUUUGAGUCAACGUUCAAGGUGGAGUCUGCCACCAAGCCUAAUAUAUCAAUAAACUUCAUGCAAGCACAAAA